UUUUUUUCAAAAAACUUUUUGACGUCGAAAGGAAAAGAGAGCAUAGUCGUAGCUUCAGAAAACCCACGUAAACGCACUUCAGUCAACUUUUACUACGUGGACGAUCCCAAACGACCUCAGUAUCAUCCCAAAAAUCCUAACAAAAUGGCAGCUACUCCUGAACAGACCCCUCCCUCUUCUCAAAUGACUACCGCUCCGCCUUCCAACGUCGGUGCCAUCUCGCCACCUUCUUCCACCCAGGCAGGUCCAGGUGGCACGGGCGCGUCUCUCUAUGUCGGAGAGCUCGACCCUAGUGUCACUGAAGCCAUGUUGUUUGAAAUAUUCAAUAUCAUCGGUCCCGUCGCGUCAAUUCGCGUUUGUCGUGAUGCCGUAACGCGUCGUUCUCUCGGUUACGCCUAUGUGAACUAUCUCAAUGCCGCCGAUGGUGAACGUGCACUUGAACACCUCAACUAUUCCGCCAUCAAAGGUCGUCCAUGCCGUAUCAUGUGGUCUCAACGUGAUCCCGCUCUUCGUAAAACUGGUCAAGGAAACAUUUUCAUCAAGAACCUCGAUGAAUCGAUCGACAACAAAGCUCUUCAUGACACAUUCGCCGCUUUUGGUGAAAUCCUCUCUUGCAAAGUCGGUGUGGACGAGGAUGGAAAAUCUCGUGGUUUCGCUUUUGUACACUACCAAACUGGCGAAGCCGCUGAUGCAGCUAUCAAAGGUGUUGACGGUAUGAUGCUCAACGACAAAAAAGUAUUUGUCGGUCAUCACAUCGGUAAGAAAGAACGUCAGAGUAAAGCCGAAGAACAACGUGCUCAUUUCACCAAUGUCUUUGUCAAGAACGUCGACCUUUCCGUUACCGAAAAAGAAUUUGAAGAUCUCGUCAGCAAGUUCGGUGAGACCGUUUCUAUUGCGUUGUCUUUGGAUGAAGAAGGUAAAAGCAAGGGGUUCGGAUUUGUCAAUUACGUUUCUCAUGAAGCUGCAGAGAAAGCUGUUGACGAGCUCAACGACAAAGAGGUCAAUGGUCAGAAGCUUUGGGCGGGAAGGGCGCAAAAGAGGGUGGAGCGUGACACCGAGCUUCGAAAGACUAUCGAGGAGAAGAGGCAGGAGUUUGAUGCCAAGAGCGCUGGUGUUAAUCUUUACGUUAAGAAUCUUGAUGAUGAAUGGGAUGACGACCGUCUCCGCGCCGAAUUUGAUUCUUUCGGUACCAUCACCUCUUGUAAAGUCAUGAAAGACGAACGUGGUGUCUCUCGAAACUUCGGUUUCGUCUGUUAUUCUUCCCCUGAAGAAGCCACCAAGGCCGUCUCUGAGAUGAAUGGCAAGAUGAUCGGUAGCAAACCUCUUUACGUCGCUCUCGCUCAACGCCGAGAAGCCCGUCGUCAAGCUCUCGAAUCUCAGAUCGCGCAACGUACCAACCAAAGGGUCCCGUACGCUCCUGGUGGAAUGCCCCAGGGAUACAUGAAUCAACCGAUGUACGGUUAUCCUCCCAUGCCAGGAUAUGGCCAACCGGGCAUGAUGCCCAUGCGUCCUAUGAUGGGUUACAACCCUCAGAUGAUGCAACAGCGUCCCAGAUACCCUCCGGCCCCGAUGAAUCAACCUGGUAUGGGUAUGCCUCCCAUGCCAUACGGUAUGCCACCUCAACAGAUGCCUUACGCUAUUCCACCCAACUACCCCGUCCGUCCCGGUCCCGGAGGUAUCUCUGCCAGACCCCCUACUUCCGCUCCCGCUCCCGCACAGGGAAGGAUCAACGGUGGUCCUUCGCCCGUCGGCUACAGCUCUGGUCUGCCGGGGUCGAUGCCUCGUCAGAUGCCCAUGGCCAGACCUGGAUACGAUCAAGUUCAGCCUCAGCAGAACAAGCUCAGCGCUCAGGCUUUGGCGAGGGCUCCUUUGGCGGAACAGAAGCAGAUGUUGGGUGAGGCGUUGUACCCGCUUAUUGGAGCAACCCAGCCCGAACUCGCUGGUAAGAUUACCGGUAUGUUACUCGAGAUGGACAAUUCUGAGCUGCUUCAUCUGAUCGAAUCCCCUCCGGCGCUAUUGGAAAAGGUAGAUGAAGCUCUCAAGGUGCUCGAGGAAUGGGGCAAAGAGGGUGGACAUGCGGACGGCGACGUUCAAGAGGUCACUGUUGGUGGGACGGAUGGAGAGGCCGAGGUAAAGAAGGAGUAGAGUGUCGAUUUGUUUGACACUCGCGUUCUCUUAGUCUCUGGAAGUGUGGUGUGGUAGGGAAUGUUGGGAGGGAACGAGUAAGCGAGUCGUGACCACUCAGAGACGAGACACCUUGGGGAUACCAAACGAAGAGUGGAGUGAAGUGAAGUUGUGUAUACGUGGGCGAAGCUAUGCACUAUGUCUCUCUA